UCCUCGGUCGCUGUACCUGACUGCGUGGCGUCAUGCAGAAACACUAACGGAUCGGUCGGCGUGCCGUUUGGUUCUUGUCUUGAAAUUCUCAUCUGGUCUACGUGUAUUCUCCUACAACCGCCACAAGCCUUAUAGCAGUUAUUAGCAACGACGACAGAUUGAAGAAGUUUAACGCAGCAUCAUGUCGAGCCCGUCGUUGAAAGAUUUACCCAAAGUGGCGCUAGAUUUGAAAAGCGAAUUAGAAGGUUUUAAUCACGGAUGUAUGAAAAAAGCUGCAACUGCGGAGAAAAAUGUCUUGCCCUCUGCAGAAGAUGUUGCAGCAGAAAAAACUCAGCAGACAUUGAUUGCUGGCAUCGAAACAUUUGAUCCAACUAGUCUGAAACAUACUACAACUCAGGAGAAGAAUCCGUUGCCUGAUAAAGACGCAAUUCAGCAAGAAAAGGGAAAACAACAAUUGAUCUCUGGAAUAGAAAAUUUCGAUCCAGCGAAACUCAAGCAUGCAGAAACGCUUGAAAAAAAUCCUUUGCCUACCAAAGAAGCAAUUGAUGCUGAGAAAAUAGCUGCUUAAGAAUCUAUUCAGAAGAAUGAAGAAGAAAAAAAGCAGCAAUUUGUCUUUUCUUCCAUUUUCUAUAUCAUGACAUUGUAUAACAAUAAUUCAUACAUUGCCAACAAAAAUGUGAAUGCAAAACACUGUGUUAAUGUAAUCUCAUGAUUAUACUUAUACUACCGUCACAAACGUUCCUUCUGGCGAUAUCUAAACGCAAAAUGGUUUUCUAUUACGAUCAAGAAAACCGUAGAUAUUGUAGCGAUGCGAGUCCUAAUACUUUUUGUCAAACUAACUUAAUUUUAGGCUCAAAACGCUAUCAUCCAAAUAUUUUGAUACUCGUCAAAGGAUGUACUUUUUAUACUAAAAAAGCUGCACGCAAGUAAAAUUUUAUUUUCUAUAGCAGCGAGAUUGGUGGCAUUGCAUACGUUAUAGAUAUCGCAGAGCUACACCGAUUGACUUUAUAUUUGUGUAAAAAUCAUAUUUUAUAUAACGGGCUAUUGUACUUUUUUAAUAUUUCGUACGUAACGCAUUGUCAUUCCAAUGAAAUUAUUACGAUGAAUAAAAAAAUCAUUUGUACAAAA